CUCCAACAUUGUUCCGACUUCAAGUCUCCCCUUGCCUCUACCUACCUUAGUCUAGGUACCUACCUACACUACUACCAUUACACGUUCUACUGAACGUUUUCUCUUGCCGCACCGCAAUCACCUUCCACUUAUCCCUACUACUGGAGUAGCGAGUUCCCCUUUCCAGCGCGCCCCAGUCAUUCCACCCUGCUCUCCCACCGUUCAUACGUCGGUGCGUCUUUGAAUAAAACACGACAUACCCUAUCCUGGACAUGGCCGAAUCAUGCGACGAGUUGUCGUGACAGGGCUCGGUGCCAUCUCACCCUUUGGCGUCGGCGUGCGCAACACAUGGAAUCGUCUGUUAGCCGGAGAGUCUGCCAUCACCAGCGUGGCCAAUUUGGAGCCGCGAACCCGCUGGAAAGAUCUGACGAGCACCGUUGCUGGCGUAGUCCCCAGCCAUGGCCCAGGUCCGGAACAGUGGCGGCCCGGUGACUGGCUGGAUGCCACGGAACAGCGUCGCAUGUCCAAGUUUGCCCAGUAUGCCGUGGCUUGUGCUGAAAUGGCGAUGAAAGAUGCCGGCUGGCAGCCGCAGAGCCAAGACGAUCUGGAAACGACGGGCGUCUGCCUUGGCAGCGGUAUCGGGAAUCUCGAGGAGAUUUACGAGGCAAGCUUGGCGUUCAAUCAACAAGGCUACAAGAAGGUUUCGCCGCUGUUCGUCCCCAAGAUCCUCAUCAACUUGGCCGCUGGUCAUGUCUCGAUGAAGUAUGGGCUACAAGGCCCGAACCAUGCCGUCACAACCGCAUGUACCACUGGUGCUCAUUCCAUCGGAGAUGCCAUGCGAUUCAUUGCUUUUGGGGACGCAGAUGUCAUGGUCGCUGGUGGUACGGAAUCUUGCAUCCAUCCCCUGACCUUUGCCGGUUUCGGAAGAGCAAGGUCCCUCUCCACGGCCUACAACAAUGACCCCCACGCCAGCUGUCGUCCCUUCGACCGCGACCGCAACGGUUUCGUCGUCUCGGAGGGGUCGGCAGUGAUGGUCUUGGAGGAGCUCGAACACGCUAAGGCCAGGGACGCCAAUAUCUACGCAGAAGUGAGGGGAUACGGCUGCAGCGGCGAUGCGCAUCACAUGACGGCUCCGCGGGAGGAUGGUCACGGAGCCUUCCGCGCCAUGAAGCUUGCGCUGAAGAAUGCCGGCGUGCGGCCGGCCGAGGUGGGCUACAUCAACGCGCAUGCCACGGGAACCCUAGUGGGCGACGCGGCGGAAGCCUCGGCGAUACGACGCAUCAUGACGGGCGACGAGGGCUACGCGGACGAAUCACAGGUCACGGUGAGCAGCACCAAAGGUGCCGUCGGGCAUUUGCUAGGGGCAGCUGGCGCCAUCGAGGCCCUGUUCGCCGUCUUAUCGGUUGCAGAGAACAUUGUGCCGCCCACGCUGAAUCUCGAGAACCCUAACGUCGGGGGUUCCAUGAAUUUGGUGCCCCUCCAAGCACAGGCGAAACAGGUUAACGUUGCCAUCUCCAACAGCUUUGGUUUUGGUGGGACGAAUGCCUCACUGGUUUUCUCCAAGCUUUGCUAGGGCUCGGAAAACAAUGACGGUGGGACCAGCUACAAGAACCUUGGGAUGAUGGGUACGAUGCCCCCGGGUUGUCGCAAUUUGGCUCAGACUUUUACAAAGCUGGAAAGAAACUAUUUCGGUAGCAUGAAUUUGUGAAAUUGGGUGUAGGAUUAGAUUAGAUCUCAGUCGUAAACAACAGGGUUACAGACGAGCAUACCUGUACCCGUCCAGCGCGUAUCGUGGACGUCAUUUGAAUCGGCAGUCGCUCGGCGCCCCCUCUGAAUUGAAAGCAUGCCGUAGGAAAGUAACGAGACGGAUCUCAGGGUCUCGA